AUGUCUCUCCUCGCUCGCUUUGCCCUUGUCGGGCUUUGGGCUUCAGCUGCUUAUGCGCAGCGCGACACUGUCACUGUCACCGAGACAGUUACAGAGUGUGCUGCGUCCUGUUACUCUGUUGUAUCGCAGUGUACCUCGACCGAGUCCAUCGACACAUCCUCCAUCAUCAACCUUCCGACUGAAUCCUCGGUUACCGUGUCUGAGACUUCUCUUAUCGAGACCACCCAGAUUAUCUCCCUUCCCACUGCUUCUGUUACCUCGGCGUCCUCCAAGUUUGCCAACACCAGCGCUACCACUGGCUCUUACACUUCUACCUCUACUGUCUCUGACUUGGAGACUACGAUUACUAUCUCCGAGUCUUCUGGAAUCUCGGUUGGCUCUAGUGCUCUUGCGGGUGAGACUUCUGAGUCUGAGUCUGAGUCCAGUCUGUAUGGAUACUCCACCAGUACUCUGGCCUUGACCGAGGCGACCACUGAGACUUUCACGGAUGUUGAGACUAUACCCACCAUUGUACCGAGUGUCGAUUCCUCUGCUCUUGCAUCUGGAACCACUCAGCUGUCAGAGACAAGUGAGUCCAGCAUUGUCACUCAAGGUACGACCGGACAGUCUUCAGAGUCCGCCCCUCUCAGCACUGAAUCUGUGUCUACUGAGAGUACUACCACCGAUAAAAUCAUUCCUCAGCAGAGCAAAUCCACUCUGAUCGAAAGCACUGGUGUAUCUUCAGCUACUGAGGGAGCCUCCACCGCCACUCUGACAUCGGUUCUCACCAGCCAGGUCACCUUCACCGAGACUAUCUCUACUGUCUACUCCAGCUCCGCUGAGCAAGGUAUUACCUCAGAGGAGAGCACCGAACUCCUGGUUACAUCUUCUCAGAUUGAGGAGUCUAGUAGCCGAACUGAGCAAGGCUCUGAGACGACUGGAGCUGUCACUUCUGAAGUUACUGGUGUUACCCAGUUGACAUCUUCCGUCACUUUGACACGCACCGAGACCGUAUCUGUGUCUGUGUCCGAGUCCACUGCAUCUUCAGAGGGAACCACCGAAAGCUCAAUCUCCGAGUCCUCUAUCACAAACGCCUCUACUGAUUCUGAGACUGCAGUCGAAACUGUUACCUCCAUCGAGACUGUCACAGUAGAGACAUCAUCUUCUCAGACUGAUUCAACUGCUAGUGGUUCAAGCCCCGAGUCUACCAGCGCUGGCGUUUCCACUGGCACAACUGAGGUCGAGGAAUCGACAACCACUACCUGCACAUCGACCAGACACACUCACGUCUAUGAGAACACAACUGUUAUCCAUAGUACUGCUGAUGUGAGUGUCGACUCGUCUGCUCUGGCUGGAUCGCUCACGUCAAUUCUUUCCGAGAGUACUGGUUACACCUCUGAAACUUCAGUCGUGGUUGAGCAAACUACAGCCCCCACCGCAGAGACUGAGACUGGAGUGACUACUGGUGGUACAGUUGCUGGAGCUGAGACAAGCGAUUCAGCUUCUAUUGAGUCAACUGCCUCUCAAUCUACCCCAUCCGCCGCCACGACACCCAUCUCUCUUCCAUUCGAACCAACGUAUCCUCCUCACAAUUAUGACUUUGGUGCUCCGAGCUCCGCAGACAAUGGCUGGCCAACAUUCUCCGUCGACUCGAGCGCUGAUGCUGCAACUGGUUUCUCGUCUUUCACCACUUUCCUCACCACAAGCAAGGCCACUGAUACUGCUUCUGCUUCCACUUCCACCGGUAUCAAGGAGCCUGAUUACGAGCCACCUGCCUAUGAGCCUCCUUCGUACCGUGAGCCUGCAUACGCUCGUAAGCGCUGGGGUUUUGGAUGGUAA